UCGCCUGAAGACCAAUUCUUCUUCCACCACCAUAUCUGACCCACCCAAGCAACAAACUACUAACAACAACAAUCUUAUAUAUAAUCACACUCUUUCUCAUCACUCUUCCUCUCCUCUUCUAACCGCCACAACAACAACUUUCCCUCCGUUUCUCACCUCCACGUGUCACUCCUCCAUUCGCCUCUUUCCAUCCAUCACCACAUACAACUCCCUCCAAUUCACAAUGAACAUGCCAAACUUAGGAAGAAAAAGAAAAAGUACUGAAACAUUUCACCAUAAUAAUAAACCUCCAUUCAAAAGAUUCACCUUCAUCAACAUGGUGGAGGAAUGCCACUCCACCCUCACUUCCGAUGAAGAAUCAUUCCCAUGUUCUUGCUCAAGUAACAUCAUUAACAACUUCGAAGAAUCUCAAGAGGUUCAAAGUCCUCACCAAGUUGAAACGUCCACGUGCCACGACCAAGUUAUAAGGAGAAGAGAGAUGAGUCUAAGCGAAGAAGAAGAGGUUGAUUCCAUUGAGAAGAAGCCGCAAAAGACACCGUCCGAAUCUGAACUUGAUGAGUUCUUCUCCGCCGCUGAAGAAAAUAUCCAGAAACAAUUUUCAAACAAGUAUAAUUUUGAUAUUGUGAAGGACGUGCCAUUGGAAGGACGUUAUGAGUGGGUUCAGUUGAAGCAGUAAAAUUAAUUACCACUUUUGGCUAUUAUUCUUGAAGCAAGAAUGGUAAAAAUUACCUCUUUUGGGUAUUGUUGAAGGAAGAAUGGUGAUAUUAUUAUUAUAGAUGCAGUUAAAUUUUCCACUUGCUGACACUAUUUUAGGUUCAAUUUACUGUAGGUAGUAAUUGAUUUGAUAUGAAUUCAGAGAGUCCUAUCUAUCUUUCAUGUUUCAAGUACUCUGUUGGUUGUGUAAUGUGUACAGCUUUGUUUUUCUUCAAGGGUUAAUAAUUAUAAGAAUUUUGGUUCUGCUUGUUUUUUUUACUAUCUGUGUACCUUAAAGAAACUACUAUUGUGUUCCAGAGCAUAAUUCAGUAAAUUCUCUUGCUGGUGAUAUAUGUGUGUAGAACAAAAUGGUUUGUGGUUAGCUAUAACAAAA